AUGUUGGUCCAAGGCCACUUGAUGUGGCUUGCCCACGUUCUUCCCGCUUGUGGUACUGAGAACUUGGUUGAGGAUGUGGCUUUUGAGACUAUCGAUCUCGAUGACAGCGUGUGGACUAUCCUGCCGCCCAAGGGCGGUGCAGCUGUCGAUGGAUACCUGUUCCAUCUGGGUGCCAAAGCUAUCCCUAUCCAAUCGCAGACCCUGUUGGUCCAGACAGUUACCGGCGCCAUUGCGGAAGAGACUUAUACUGUCUCUUUCGAUAUCCGCCAGGCAGCUAGCUUAGGUGUUGAUAGUACAAGUUGUACCGUGAACCUCCUAUUCAAUGGCGCAAAUGCCGGCACUAGCCCUCUCAUAGCCGGUUCCUGGAAGACUAUCUCCAAGCAAUGGACGGCUGUUGACUCAGAAGUCGACAUGUUCAUCCUAAUCGAUUGCCCCGAUGCGACCAUGUCAGGCACGACAGUGGACCUGACUCACAUCUCGUUCGAGAAGAGAUGCGGUUCAUCCACCUCAGCCAGCGUCUCGGUCCCUAUCAAAACCCCAUCGGGUCCACCCGUUGCCACCAGCACUUCGCUCGCUUCAUCUGUCUCCCCAUCUGGCCAUCCCAGUUCCAAGGGAUCAGGAUCUCCAUCAGACAUGCUCUCAGAUCCGCCAAGUAGCACCAUAGGCCCUAUCACUUUGGCAACCACUAUCACUGGGCCCUGGCAUCGAGUCCUCAGUCUCAACCACUGGAGCACCAGCAUCUUCCGAGUCCAUCGCGCUGACAACCCUGCCUCCGUGGACCCCUCUAUGAGCUUGCCAGCAGAAACCCCUACGCCGGAUAUGACAACUUCUACUGUGUUUACCACCCGCACUGCGACUAUCACAGCCUGUCCCUCGACUGUUACCAACUGCCCAGCCACCAAAAAGACAACUCACAUUACCACUGAGACUAUCGUCAUCUCGACCACUGUCUGCCUUGUUGAAGACGCAACGACCACCACCGAAGGAUCCAGCCCUACUGGCCCAGCUGGCGAUGAGACCAUCGUUGCCGGUACCACUUCGGUCCCCAUCAACACCGCUGUGACCACCACGGCACCUGGUGAAGCUGAAGGUGAAGGUUCGACCGGCUCUGGCUCCAGCUUUACCUCCGGCGUCUCCGCUGGUAAUCAUGCCGGCCACCUCUCCAACCUGCCCAGCAUUACACACACACUUUUCCCCGGAACAACCCUCUCUCCUACUGCCGCAGAUGCAGGCGCAGAUGCAGGUACAGGUUUGGGUUCUACUAGCGAAAGCAGCAGCUCAGCAAGUGCAUCACCCGUGUUUAACGGUGCCUCGUACUUCACUGUUUCCAGCGUCCUGCCUGUUCUUGGUGUUAUCUCCGCUGUCGCGCUUUUCCUUUAA